CCAUUAUUGUACCGUAWGCCUAUCGGCAGGAAGGUGCAAGGUAGUACCCUAUAUGUACGUCGUGUUGGCGAGAGUUGAUGUUUCAAAAGAAAAAGCGGAUACCGCACCGUCAGCUGCAGAUAUGCCUCCGGAGCAGUACUGUGAAGCAUAGAGUCCAUGCCGAGCUGUUCUUCCACAACCCGCUACUUGUAGAAACAUGACUUCGAACGAUCCGCCAUCUCGCACGGGGGAAGCUAGACAGAACGUAAUCCUGUUCCACGGACUCCGUCGGACAGGAACGAUGGAAACACGACGCCGUGGUGGCAAUGAGUAUUCUUCCAUGCCCAUCGCUGCGUUUGUUCAGCAACCAUUGCAGCCGGCAACGGUGACUCCCAAAUCGGUUGUCGUCGAAGGGUCGGGGAAUCGSUGCUCUGGUUUGAUGGCUACGUAUGUCCAGYGUCCACCAUUGCAAUCCCGGGCGACAAACUGUUUCGGAAGAUCCACCCAUAGCAACGAACCACGCAGUGCCAUUCCGAAAAAGAAGAGAACGAGAUUUGGAAACAACCUAAGAACACCAACAACAACUGCAACACUGGAAAGUGAACUUCGAAUAGACGGAGGCGACAAAGUGGAUGCAAUUUUUAACGAGAUGCAAUCCAAUUUACAUGGCUCGAUGGGACACAAUUGCACCUCGAUAUACUUGAAAAAUAUUCAAGAAUUCCCUCGAAGUCGCUCCAACGAUGCACCAGGAGACAACGGACGUUGUGAGGAUUCUCCAUCACAGCUUUUCGCUGCGUUCAAAGACGUGGUCGAGGGACAAGGCCCGUCGUGGAAGARAAUAAGGAUUUGCAACUGCAGUCYUUCGGUUCUGGAGGUCUUGUUGGCAUCGCUGAACUUUGCAAACAUCGAAGAACUGGAUUUCGUAGACAUACACGACAAUGAAGCACCUAACAGGCAGGAGGAUAAUCGGUCGAUAUCAUUACCAACUUCAACGCAGGCACGCCCGGAAUCACAACCAAGAGCAACRCCAUCAACGGCCACMAUCCCUUCUUCGAUUGCGAGCCUGAUUGUUUCGRUGAUAAGAAAUACAAAUCGAUUGAAACGAUUAGUUGUGAGGGGCUGCAACCUGAAGAAUUCGGAAUUGCUGCGGAUCAUGAAUGUUUUGUGCUCACACCCCAAUCAUGCAGAUAGCUUGGGAUACCUGGAUCUUCGUUUCAAUAGGCUUACCCCGAGGGCCAUUGGAUCGAUUCUGUCCGUUCACCUGCGAUCCUCACUUCACUCGCUGAAAACCAUAAAGUUGCGUCAGGGAAUCCGGUGCGUCGUGCAUCGAAGCAUCCGGGACGCCAUCCUUCGUGGGCUCCAAACCAACCGUGUGGUUCUCGAAUGCAUYGACGUUUUCAACUGGGACAAAUCAGUACAGUUKUUUUUGGACGUCAACCGAGCCAAGCGGCGCGCCAUAUUYUGUAACAACGAUCUCUUCCCUAGAAGCUUGUGGCCGCUUUUGCUGGAACAAGCCUUGGCAAUCGGCGACGGGGACGACCAUACGGAAAGUGAUAUGAUUGGAGGGGAAAGAAAGAGAUCACUGCUCCGCUCGUCCGUUUUGCUCGAGAAYGGACAAAGAGAUGCACGUCCGACACAUGACUGUCGUCACCGUCAAGCUAGUGUUGUCUAUCACAUGUUCCGAAACGGUGGUCCCAUGCUCCUCCAACAGCAAUCUCAAGCUGUCGCUCAAGAAGCGCAAUAAUGAUUGAAAUGGACAAAGUCGGUUGCCAAGGAAUCGCCGGAUUAUUUCUGUUUCUUCCCUGCUAUAAACAACUUAAUAAGUU